ACAGCGGGUCAGAGAGAGAGAGAGAGAAAAGCAGAGGCUAGAGAGAGAAUGAUCGCAGACGGGGUAGAGGACGAAGAGAAAUGGCUCGCCGCAGGAAUCGCCGGCCUCCAACAGAAUGCUUUCUAUAUGCAUCGCGCUCUGGACUCGAACAAUCUCAGAGAUGCUUUGAAGUAUUCCGCUCAGAUGCUUAGCGAGCUACGAACGUCGAAGCUUUCUCCUCAUAAAUACUACGAACUCUAUAUGCGAGCCUUUGAUGAAUUGAGGAAACUAGAAUUGUUCUUUAGGGAAGAGACGCGGCGUGGCUGCUCGGUAAUUGAGCUGUAUGAGCUAGUGCAGCACGCGGGUAACAUAUUGCCUAGAUUGUAUCUCCUCUGUACUGUAGGAUCUGUAUAUAUCAAAUCUAAAGAAGCUCCUGCUAAGGAUAUUCUUAAGGAUCUGGUUGAAAUGUGUCGUGGUAUUCAGCAUCCUUUACGUGGUCUAUUUUUGAGGAGUUAUCUUUCUCUAGUUAGUAGAGAUAAAUUGCCUGAUAUUGGUUCCGAGUAUGAAGGGGAUGCUGACACAGUCAUGGAUGCUGUGGAGUUUGUGCUACAAAACUUUACGGAGAUGAACAAACUAUGGGUCCGGAUGCAACAUCAGGGGCCUGCCCGGGAAAAGGAGAAGCGGGAGAAGGAAAGGAGCGAGCUUCGUGAUCUUGUUGGCAAGAACUUGCAUGUUCUGAGUCAGUUAGAAGGAGUUGACCUUGACAUGUACAAAGAAAUUGUGCUUCCAAAAGUCCUGGAGCAGGUUGUCAAUUGUAAAGAUGAGCUUGCUCAGUUUUACCUGAUGGAUUGCAUAAUUCAAGUCUUUCCUGAUGAGUACCACCUGCAAACUCUUGAGAUAUUGUUGAGUGCCUGCCCACAGCUUCAGCCAUCCGUUGACAUCAAGACGGUUCUAUCUCAGUUGAUGGAAAGGCUUUCCAGUUAUGCCGCCUCAAGUACAGAAGUGUUGCCUGAGUUCUUGCAAGUAGAAGCCUUCUCAAAGUUGAAUAAUGCCAUCGGGAGGGUGAUUGAAAUACAAGUUGACAUGCCCAUUUUUGGAGCUGUAACGUUGUAUUCCUCUCUUCUUAAAUUUACUCUCCAUGUCCAUCCUGAUCGACUUGAUUAUGCAGAUCAAGUAUUGGGAGCAUGUGUGAAGAAGCUGUCUAUAACAGGAAAGCUUGAAGACAAUAAAGCGACAAAACAGAUUGUUGCACUUUUAAGUGCUCCGCUGGAGAAGUAUAACAAUAUUGUCACUGCCUUGAAACUUUCAAACUAUCCCCGAGUCAUGGAAUACCUUGACAGUGAGACAAAUAAAGUUAUGGCAACGCUUAUUAUUCAAAGCAUUAUGAAAAACAGUACCCAUAUUUCUUCAGCUGACAAGGUUGAAGCAUUGUUUGAAUUGAUAAGAGGGCUUAUUAAGGAUUUGGAUGAGACACGUCAUGAUGAGGUUGAUGAAGAUGAUUUCAAUGAGGAGCAGAAUUCCGUUGCACGUCUCAUUCAGAUGUUACAUAAUGAUGAUGUGGAAGAGAUGUUUCAGAUAAUAUCUACUGUAAGGAAGCACAUCAUGACCGGUGGACCAAAACGGCUGCCUUUCACUAUUCCUCCUCUUGUUUUUUCUGCUUUAAAGCUAAUUAGGCGACUGCAGGGCCAAGAUGAAAAUCCCUUCGGGGAGGAGGCAUCAGCUUCCCCAAAGAAAAUUUUUCAGCUUUUAAAUCAGACUAUUGAGACUCUCUCUAAUGUUCCUGCACCAGAAUUGGCGUUACGAUUGUAUUUGCAAUGUGCUGAGGCUGCAAAUGACUGUGAGUUAGAACCCAUUGCAUAUGAAUUUUUCACCCAGGCAUAUAUAUUAUAUGAAGAAGAAAUUUCAGAUUCCAAAGCUCAGGUGACUGCGUUGCACUUAAUAAUAGGAACCCUCCAGAGGAUGCAUGUUUUUGGCGUCGAAAACAGGGAUACUUUGACACACAAAGCCACAGGGUACUCUGCAAAGCUUUUGAAGAAGCCUGAUCAGUGUAGAGCUGUUUAUGCUUGCUCACAUCUCUUCUGGGUUGAUGAUCAGGAUGAGAUGAAAGAUGGAGAGAGGGUCCUCCUUUGUCUCAAACGGGCACUAAGAAUUGCAAAUGCUGCUCAGCAAAUGGCCAAUGCAACACGUGGCAACACUGGAUCAGUUACUCUCUUUGUUGAGAUACUGAACAAGUACCUCUAUUUUUUCGAGAAAGGUAAUCCACAUGUCACUGUUGCUUCAAUCCAGAGCCUGAUUGAAUUGAUUAUGACCGAGAUGCAGAGUGAUUCUAGCACAUCCGAUUCAGCUGCAGAUUCAUUCUUGGCUUGCACACUGCGUUACAUACAAUCCCAGAAAAAGAAGGGAGGUGCAAUAGGUGAAAAGUACGAACCUAUCAAGGCAUGAAACUGAUAGAUGAGGUUGAUGUCAUUGAACCUAAGAUAUGCCCACGAAAUUUUCUUAGCGGAUUUUUUAGUUUCUCGUAAUAUUGUUUCAAAUCUGUUUUUUUUUUUCUUUUGCUGGGAAAUUUGAUUUAGUUUGAUAUGUUAGCGGUGGGUGCUGGUGAUGUUGGCUUCGCGGAUGCCUAGCACGAAUUUUUGCAAAAUCUGUUUUACUGUAUGUAUGCUUAUUGUACCUAUUGCUUAUGGCCGCUAUGAUGUUUUAGUA